AUGGCCGGGGUGGGUGCCCCACCAGCUGCUGAACGGCCCGCGUUGCCAAAUACGCCUGGUUCCAAGAGGCUUCAGGUGCCCGACUUCAGCUCGUGCACGGCCACGCUUGACCAGGUCCUCGAAGCUCGGUCCGGCCUGCAGGAGGUGGUAGGCAUUGGCCGACGGCUUUGCUUCAUUGCCUGCGCAAAGUUGCAGUGCUCCGACAUUGCAGGGGCGCAGGCAGUCCUCGAGGAGGUGGAUCAGCUUCCUGGUCUCAGUGAUGCAGCUGGAGAUCUUUGGCAGUCGCCUCCACGACGUCUUCGCCUAUGCGAGUCCUGCAAUGUCGCCGGCUUCCUUGAGGUGUACAUCCAAACCCUUGGAUUAAAGAGCUUUCUGGAAAAGGGCGAGCUUCUCCCGGAGGUCUCCUCACGCUGGAGGACAGGCAUCCCUGAGUUCGACAACGAGUGCUACUUGCUUGGUGCCAUAAGCAGCCUGAGAGAGUUGGAAAGGUAUGCUGUGAAUCGUGGGCAGUCCCUCGAUCUUCGUUCGGUGAAGUUUUGCCUCGAGCUAGCGCAGACGAUGGAAGAGGCGUUGAUGCAGUUCAAUUUCAGGAAUAGUGCUUUGCGAGUCCGUUUCGAUGGGGUGAAGUAUACAGUCAAGAAGCUGGAGUCGCUGGUCUACGAGAUCGACCUGGCAAGGCAGCGAGAUCCCUCAGCGCUGACAGAGGAAAUGCUCGACGACUUGAAGUGA